CGACACACCAAAGGAGCUUUUCGUCCUCUGCAGGAGGCCGUCAACAGGGGAGCUUGCAGAAGAUUCUUUUCCAGAGCAGCAGCCAUCUUUUGCCGUCCGCCGAGAGCUUUCCGUCCAUCACCGAGCGCGUCGAAGAAGAUCAUUCCUCGUCGGGGGCACCAGCAGUCGCAGGACGCGGCUCA